AUGGAAUAUAAAGAGAAGCAUGGAUUCUAUGUUCGUGAUUGGAAGGUGACAAAUAAUCAAUUGUCGCAGCAAGUUAGUCUUUGUGUUAUAGGUGUUGUUGGUGUAGGAUAUGCCUUUUAUUGGGACUAUAAAAGACAAAAUGAUCCUGAAUUUAGAAAAAAGAUCAAAAGAAGUAAAAAACGUGCGUUGAAAGCCAAGAAAGCAGCAGAAGUAGAUGCUAAAUUAAAGACUGCUGAUUUUGUUAGAAAAGCUGUCGAUGAAGUUUCAAACGAAAGUUUUCCUUCUGAUGUUAAUGCAAAAGAAAAAUAUUUUAUGGAACAAGUUGCUAAAGGAGAAUCUUUGCUUGCAGCUGGUGAAAAUGGAUAUGAUGAAGCCGCUCUUUGUUUCUACAAAGCACUAAAAGUUUAUCCUAGUCCUGUUGAAUUAAUUAUGAUCUAUCAGAAAACCAUACCUGAAACAAUAUUUAACAUGGUAUAUGAAAUGAUGAGUCUCGAGGUCAAAAAAAAACAAUCUGAAUAUUUCGAAAAAUUUCCACCAAAAGAAAUGAAUGUCAAGGUUAAGGAUGUUAAUAAAUCUUCAGAUCUUGAGGAUCAAACACGUCGAGGGCUUUUUGCUACAAAAGAUUUUCAACCUGGUGAAACUAUUUUCAUUGAAUUACCUUUAGCUUCAGCACUUGAUCCAAAUCUUGAGUCCGGUGAUUUUUGUAGUUAUUGUUUUAAGACGAUUUCUGUUGGACUAGAAUUUACUGAUGGUAAUGAUCUUUUUGAAGCAAUUUAUUGUUCUAAACUAUGUAUGGAAAAAGCAAUGUCAGAAUAUGCCACACUCUUAUUUACAAGUACCGGUUCAACCGGGAGUGAUAGUAAAGAAGCUAAAUUAGCAGAAUUGGUUAAGUUAGGAAAUGUAAAAUAUCCAUUAAUGAUUGCUAGAUUUUUGGCUAGAAUGGUAUAUGAAGAAACUCAAAAAGUCGCAUCGGGAAUUGAAGAAGAAUAUACAACUUGGGAUCAUAUUGAAAGAUUAAGGUAUUUAGAUGUGCCUGCUACUUCAAAGGAAGAAAAAGAAAUUAAUCUUUUAAAAGAAUUAUUUGCUGCUAAAGUGCCUGGAAUGGAAGAAUUUAUUUCUGAAGAAAGAUAUAUGGUUCUUAAAGGCAAAUUUACUGAAUCGCCUGUUAUUGGUGCAUGUUUUUACCGUUUUUCAUCCUACAUUGCACAUUCAUGUGAUCCAAAUGUAGAGGCAAAAUUCCCUAAUGGUGAUAACACUGUAUCAAUUGUUGCAAAAAAACAUAUUAAAGAAGGCGAGGAAUUGAAAAUCAGUUAUAUUAGGCAAGAAAAUAGAGAUGUUAGUAGUAGGAUAAGUGAAUUGGACCUUUACGAAGAAGGAAACAAAAGUUCAAAUAAUUCAGAACGAAAUGAAGCCUCAGAUUCAGAUUCUUCAAGUGGAGAUUCUUCAAGUGGAAGUUCAGCUAGAAACUCUCCAGAUACCCCAUCAGCAUUAGAUUUAAUUUAUCUUGAUUUUUUAUUACAAAAUAAAGAACAAAAAAUUCAAAAUCAUGAUCUAGAUUAUUCCCAAGUAGAAAAGAUAUUAAAAGAAAAAUCAAAUGAAGAAAAAUUGAAAGAAAUUUUUGAGUUAGAUAAACUUGAAAAGUUUAAAGAAGAUUUUAGAUGUAAUUUUAUAAAAUCAACGAUGUUACAAGGUUUUCUUUUCCUAACAGAAUUUCACAUUUGUUUUCAUGCUUAUCUGCCACGAGAGCCUGAUGUAAUGUUAAAAGAUGGAAAUCUUACUAAAAUAGCACCACAUGGGGCUCUUAACAUUAGAUAUUAUUGUUUAUUACAAAAUGACGUUUUUAUGUAUUACAAUGAUCCAACGGAUUUGUAUUGUCCGGUUGAAAUCAUAGAUUUGAAAUAUGCAAUCAAAGUUGAAAACCUUCAUAAAAAAAAUUCUUUCCGAAUAGUGACACCUAAACGUAAAUAUAAAUUUCAAGCCGAUUCUCAAAUUUCUAUGGAGGAAUGGAUAACUCAAUUAGGAAAAUCAAUAUUACGUGCUAAAAAUGAAGGCAAUAGUGUAAAGAUUGUUAUACCAAUCGAAAGUAUUAAACAUGUUCGACCCAAUCUAUCAAAAAAUUUUCCUAACACUAUACAAAUUGUUACUUAUGGCGAUGACCAGUCUGGUUGUGAUGAGUUCUUUUUCGCUUUCUUCUCAGAUAGUGGCACAUUAAUUGAAGAAUUAAAUGAUUUACGAAAACCAGAAACUUCGACUAUUGAUAAUAAUGAUUCUCAAUCUUCUGAUUCUUCUAUUAGCUUAGCAUCAAGAUAUAUGUCUAAUAUAUUUAGAUCCGUUAGUAUUAAUAAAAGAAGAAAAGGUUACGAUGACGAAUCUUCAUUAACUAUUACAAAACAAACAAUAAAGUCACCAAGAUCAUCAACUUUUGAAAAUCAAACUCAAGAUUCUAAAGAAGGGAGUCUAAGCAUUACAAAGCAAUUCCAGCGUCGUGUAAAAAUUAUGACUACAAAUCCUAAAGAAUAUAUCAGUUAUUUUGAAGAAAAUACUUCGGAAAAAACGAACAGUCAUUUUAGAGAGCAUUUUGCUUUACCUGAAUCAGAAAAACUUCACGCCAUUUUCUAUGGAUAUUUUUCACGCAUAAUUCCAGUUUAUGGCAAGUUUUAUAUAUCAGAUAAUUAUAUAUGUUUUCGAUCAAGAGUCGUUGGCAAAUCAACCAAUUUAUGGCUACCAAUAUCGGAUAUUUAUGGAAAGCCUAGAAAACAACAAGCAAAUGUAUUAGGUUAUCACGGAUUAGAAAUUUUGACCAAAUCACAAAAAGAAAUUUUAAUUGAAUUUGGUUUUGAAAAACUUAGAGAUAGGUUUUUCGAGUUGAUAGAAGAAAGAAGACUAGCAAUUAUCAAAGAAGGUAGAAGUAAUUCAUUGGGUGAAAGCGAUGCUGAAACAACAAAAUCAACAAUUUCUGAAUUAAAACCUGAUCACCCUCUUCAUUUUACUUUACUUACUAUUGGAUCUCGUGGUGAUGUACAACCAUAUAUUGCACUUGCAAAAGAAUUGAUUUGUGAGGGUCAUAAAGUUAGAAUAGCUACACAUGGAGAGUAUAAAGAUUGGAUUGAAAGCCAUGGUAUUGAAUUCGGAUGUGUUGGUGGCGAUCCUGCAGAAUUAAUG